AUGUCACAUGAGAAUUAUAAAGGAUUGUUACAAGAGUUGUGCCAGAGGAAUGAUCCACAGUCAUUACCACAAUAUUCAGAUGCAAUCUAUGUAUCCGAUAACACCGGAAACAACUUUAUAACAGAGGUAGUCGUAAAGUAUGGUGGAAAAGUAUAUAGAGCAGAGGGAAGAGCUAAAGCAAAGAAGGAAGCAGAGAGAUAUGCUGCGCGUGAUGUAUUAGCUUUAAUAAAAGCAGAUGAACAACAGAGAAUAAUAACUUCUACUACUACGAAUACUACGACGAAUAUUAAUACCAAUACGAAUACGACUUCUAAUAUUUCCACACCAACUAAUAAAUCAUUUAUUACACCAACAAAUUCAUCAGUUUCACCAUUAUCAUCGUUUUCCUCCUCCUCAUCCUCAUCAUCAUCAACUUCAUUUUCAUCAGCUUCAUCUUCUAUACCAUCUCCAAUAACACCAUCGUCAUCUUCAUCUGAUUAUUAUCAACAUCAAAAUCAAUACCAACAUCAUCAUUCACAAGAUGUAGGUGAUCCUUUCUAUUUGAACAAUGCAUUUGGAAGUUUAAAUAAUCAUAAUGGUAAUCAUGGUCAUAAUGAUACAAUGUCAGUAGAUAAGAAACCAUCUUAUUACUUUGGAGGUAAUAUCUAUGGAAAUUCAAGUAGAACCACAUCAUCUAGUAAUCAGGGUUAUAAUAAUGCUCGUGUUCCUACAGCUACAACAAAUACACCUAUUCAAAACCAUCACCAUCAACAUAGCAAUAAUAACAAUAGUCAAUCUGCAACGAAUCAAUCGAAUAUCACUGUAAAUAUACCUAGUGAUAUUGCUACUCUUACAUAUGUGAAUAGUGUAGAACUUAGUCUUAGAACCGAUAAUCUCAAGCUUCAGAGACAGUUGGAAUCUGCUGUAGAGCGUAUUGUUGAGUUGGAGAAAGUCGUUAGAGAUCUCCGGUACAACGUCGAGUCGAAACACACCGAGAAUAGAGAGUACAUCGAGAAACAGCUACGGAAAAAAGCGAGAAAGAACGAUCGUGUGCAACCGGUCACUGUGAUCAUGUCCACUGGUGACACCAGGAAGCAAAAUCAGCUGUCGGGAAGUGGUGGCGGUGGCAGUGGCGGCAGUGGUAGCGGUAGCUGCUCGCUAGACGGUCUCGUAAACUCACGGAGAUCGACCAUACAGCUGCAGUCACUCGACUCUUCGAUCCCAAGCAAAGUAUCGUUCUACCGAUAUCUCUCGGUCUUCAGUCACGGCUUUCACGGCGAGGACUACCUGCAUCUCGGACAGCGCUAUCACUUCAGUGGAUUCAUUCUCUACAGUCCGGUGAUCAUACCGAAGCCUGUCAUUCACAUUGCGAAUAGCGGUGGCGAUCACUUUGCAAUGUCGAUCGUUGAGUACGGUCGCGAAACACUGACCAAAGAGGAAUUCGCAAAGUUGGUAACGUUCCACAGUUUCUUCUACCAGCAGGUGUUGGAUCAAAAGUCGAUGACUCGCAGCUCACCAGAGCAGAUGUAUUUCGUUCCCAAUGUUAUGCUGGUCGACAAUCCGACGCGGCCGCUCACCACCACGCUCAUGGAGCUGAUCACCUACGAGGAGCCGACCUACCAACCGCCUCCACUCAAAGGCAAGGAAUUCAACCAGUUCUUUGAGCAGAAGUUCCUAAACAAAGUCGUUAUGACACCGUAUGUCGACUUCAACGUGGUUCGUCAAAUCGAUUACAAACAACACUUUGAGUAUAAAGACAACAACUUCCCACCGAUCAAAGACUUCAAUGGCAACAAGGUCAGUCUGAAGAGUGGCGUCUGUCCAUCGCUCAUGGUGACACACUCAAAGGCAUCGAUUUCCAACGACUAUUGGAAGUUGAAAUCACUGUCGUUCUACAGUGAGCAAGGUGAUUUGGAGGAUCCUGCCAAAUGGUCGGGUAAGUUGUUCAAUCAGAUGCCACAGAUCAAAUGGGAGAGUUACAUUCGAAAGUCAAAGUUGUUCCCAAAGGAUCCGUUGGUAUUGAAGGUAUUUGGUAUAACAUCGUUGAUGCACUCCACCGCCAAGAUUGCCAUUCUGGUAUUCCUCACAGAGAUUGAGUUCUGUAGAAAGAUGGAGUCUUUCAAACGAAAUAUCUACAGUAUCAACAAUGAACGUCUACUACGUGAGGUGUUCACACAUCCGUCGACCAAGCGUAGCAACCAGACACCACCAGUCAACAUGAAAAUCUACAAAAACUACAAGUUCUAUGAAGGUGAUAAUCAAAGAAUUGAAUUCCUAGGUGACUCUGUAUUAAAGUUUUGUACAUCUAUUUAUCUAUUUUAUAAAUUCCCAGAAGCAAUGGAAGGAGUAUUGACAACCAAGAGAAGUGAGAUGACAAACAAUAACUAUCUAAUAGAGAUUUGCGAUAUGUUUGAAAUGGAUGAGGUAUUAAGAUUGCCACAAAACAAAGAUGAUAUCAAAAAACCAAAGGCAGAUGUAGUCGAAGCUCUGUUUGGUGCUGUCUAUCUAGAGAGAGGAAUGUACGAAGCCUUUAGAUUCAUUAUGAAGAUGAUCUUCAAAAUCGAUCAUUCCAAAUUCCCAGAAUAUAAAUGUCACCAUCAAUAUGAAACACCAUUAAAUGAUGUACAAAUUAAUAUUUUAUUUGCAAACAAUAUUGAAAUUAAACAUAAUUGUUUGUUUACAGAGGCGAUGAACUGUAGUUCCGAUCCGAGAAUGUCAUAUCAACGAUUGGAGUUCCUUGGUGAUGCAUUCUUGGAUGUUGUGACAUCGGAUUUCUUGUUCCAUGCAUUCCCCAAUGAACAAGAAGGAUUUCUUUCUCAGGCAAGAGCUCUUUUGGUUAAGAACGAUAGUUUGGCAUGCAUCUUCCAGCAAUUGAAUCUCAAGGAUUGUGUUGAUCUUAGUUCCUGCCCUGGUAUCGUUUUUAAUCAAAAGCGUAUGGGUGAUCUGUUUGAAUCGGUGGUUGGUUGUCUACUGCUUGACCAAGGUAUUGAAAAGACCAAAGACUUUGUACUCAAAAAACUAGGCUGCACUGUUGGUCGUGUAUUAGAACUAAUGAAGACUUUGCUCCCCGUUGACCGCACGAAAACACCACAGUCAGUGACCGACACCACUGCCAGUGCCACCGCCACAUCGUCGAAUCAAACAGUGAUGCACGAGGAAGAUGAUGAAGAUGACAAGAGUGAAACUGAGCCAGAUGCUAGCAAUCUAUCGACUGAAGAAAUGGCAACUGACAAAACUCGGAAUACUACCGAAGUUGAUGAUGAUGAUGACUAUAGUGAUGAGGAAGAUGACGAUGACGAUGAGGAAGAUGACAAUCAACAAGAAAGUGUUGUCAUACCGGAAGUUGCCGUACAAGAGAGUGAUAGUAUGGAUUGUUCAAGUCUCGAGAAUCUAGCUAACUAG